UAUCAAAGUUUCAUCAAUGGGAAUGGAGAAAGAAGUGAUUAUCUCCAAAUCCGAGAUGAACAACAAAUUCCAUGAUAUGAAAGUGGCUUACUCCAAGCUUUUGGCAAACGACUUCCAGUGGUUGGAAGCGACUUACAAGCAAAACCAUGAGGCCUUGUUCAACCCAAUCACGGUUUGUGGAGAUACUAUGUUUCACGUCGCAGCUUACAGGGGCAGUGAAGCAAUGCUUCAAACCCUGGUUGAGUUGGUGCCGCAAACACAGAGGCGCGAGGUGUUGAAGAUGAAGAACGUUUACGGGAAUACCGUCCUCCAUGAACUGGUCACCACUGCCAAAGCCGAAGCAGCUGAUUUGUUAAUGAAGGAGGUGUUGUUCUCUGACGGCUUGAAUCGUGAAGAUUAUAUACGGGAGAGGGAAGAGAUACUGGAGGAUCGGAACAAGUUGGGGGAAACCCCAUUGUUCAGAGCUGUGGAAUAUGGCAACAUGUCGAUGGUGAAGUACUUGGCUACACAGAUUGAAGGAAUGGGAGGAAAUCUUCACAGGCAUUACACUAGAGAUCAUGAUGGACUCUCCAUUCUUCAUAUUGCAGUGAUUGGCCAGCACUUUGAUACUGCUAAUUGGCUUGUGGAACGAUAUCCAGAACUUGCAACUUACAAAGAUAAUAACGGGAAGACGACCCUUCAUCUGCUUGCUAGCAUGGCGACUUCUUUUAAGAGUAGUUCUUUUCUCUCUGGAUUAUUCGAGGAGUUCAUCUAUUAUUGCAUUCCGGGUGAAGCAUGUAAUGGCGAUGAGGGCGAUGAGCUUCCAAUAGCUCUGCAGAACAAAGAUUUGGAGCAGGGUGAGCCAAGUAAAGCUCCCAACCAACCAGGCAACUCCAAAGGUUUGAAGUGGUACUACGGUGUUCUACGAUGCCUUAAAUCAGGAUGGAAAGUGAUUGAUCGGGUGUGGGGGCAAAAGCAACUCCACACUUCCGCUAUGAAAUUGGCGAGGCAUCUUGUGCGAACCGAUACGUCUUGGUUCCAGCCCCACCAAUCGGAAGAGGAUGAUACAAUUUGCUUGGAAAGAAAUUAUGAUAAAGAAGAAGAAAAGGUGAAGGAAAUUGCAGCUGCCGGAAAGGAGAAGUCAUCGGAACCGGAUACGCCGUUGUUUAUUGCGGCGAGCACAGGGAUCGUUGAGAUAGUGAAGGAGAUACUCGACAAGUACCCUCAAGCAAUUAAGCACAUCAACAAAAGCGGACAGAACAUAUUACAUGUCGCCACUUUACAUCGUACAUACAAAGUGUAUGAUCUGGUUGUUAAGAAUAAGGAAGAGAAGAAGAGGUUGGUUCGAGGGAUCGAUAACAAUGGCUGCACCAUAUUGCACCAUGCUGCUGACAUCGUAUAUUAUCAUGGUGGAACCAAACCUACCCCUGCUCUCAAAUUGCAACAGGAGUUGGAAUGGUUUGAGACAGUGAAAAAUGAAAUACCGGGGCAUUUCACCCUGCACCGCAACAAGGACAAUAUGACAGCAGAUCAGUUGUUCAACGACAGGCACAAGGACCAACUUCAAGAUGCACAAGAGUGGGUGAAGAACACCUCUGAGUCAUGCUCGACGGUCGCUGUUCUUGUGGCCGGCGUUGUGUUCGCGGCUGCAUACUCGGCCCCAGGAGGUUUCCACGACAAUGGGCAGCCGAUUCUACUGGAAAGGCCACUGUACUCGUUUUUCACGGUGAUGGACGUGGCAGGGCUUGCAAGCUCGUUGACGUCGGUGGUGAUAUUCCUGUCGAUCCUGACAUCUUCGCUGGAGUACAAGGAUUUUGGGAACACCAUCCCUCGGAACCUGUCACUGGGCUUCACGUUUCUGUUCUUCUCAGUGACAACGACGAUGCUGACAUUCACGGCGACGAUACUUCUGCUAGUUCAUUUUGAGAAAAAAUGGACAGCAAGUUUAACAUAUGCGGCAGCGUUCCUUCCAAUCUGCAUAUUCGCAUUGUUUCAGUUCCCACUGUAUUACCAGUACUUCAUUGCUGCUGUGAAGGGCAUUUUUAAUUUCAUAAGGAAGAAUAUGCCUGGCAACUGGGAGUUUCUACGGAUUAAAGGUGAUUUUUGAUUCUGAAUUAACAGCCAACCACCCUCACUUGAAUUCCGUCGCCUGAAGCCCAUCGAUUGAAUUUUUAUUUUAUUUUUCUUCACAAGGCACUCUUGUCCCAGAAAAAUGUAAUAAAAAUAUUUAUUUAUCUCAAAUAAUCCAAUUAUAUAAUGUCCUGUAAUGUUAUUUGAUGACUAAGAAAUUAAAAAUAAAUUCAGAGUUUUUGUUUUCUCCA